AUGGUGGCAGGAGUGCCCCCCGUUCCCUCCCAGCCCCCGUUCCCUCCCAGCCCAUGUCCUCCUCCCAGCCCUUGUCCCCACCCAGUCCCUGUCCCCAUCCAGAACCUGUCCCAACCCAGCCCCCUGUCCCAGCCCCUGUCCCAACCCAUCCCCUGUCCCAACCCAGUCCCUGUCCCCAUCCAGCCCCUGUCCCCAUCCAGCCCCUGUCCCCAUCCAGUCCCUGUCCCCACCCAGCCCCUGUCCCAACCCAUCCACUGUCCCAACCCAGUUCCUGUCCCAACCUAUUCCCUGUCCCAUACCCUGUUCCAACCUUAUCCUGUCCCAACCCUUUCCCUGUCCCAACCCAUUCCCUGUCCCAACCUAGCCCCUGCCCCAGCCCCUGUCCCCAUCCAUCCCCUGUCCCAACCCAGCCACUGUCUCCACCCAGCCACUGUCCCAACCCAGACCCUGUCCCCACCCAGCCACUGUCCCCACCCAGUCCCUGUCCCCAUCCAGCCACUGUCCCAACCCAGCCACUGUCCCCACCAGGUCCCUGUCCCCAUCCAGUCCCUGUCCCUACCCAGGCACUGUGCCAACUCUUCCCCUGUCCCAACCCAGCCCCUGUCCCCAUCCAGCCACUGUCCCAACCCUGCCACUGUCCCCACCAGGUCCCUGUCCCUAUCCAGUCCCUGUCCCCACCCAGUCCCUGUCCCCAUCCAGCCACUGUCCCCAUCCAGUCCCUGUCCCAACCCAGCCACUGUCCCCACCCAGCCACUGUCCCAACCCAGUCCCUGUCCCCAUCCAGCCACUGUCCCCAUCCAGUCCCUGUCCCAACCCAGCCCCUGUCCCCACCCAGCCACUGUCCCCACCCAGUCCCUGUCCCCAUCCAGCCGCUGUCCCCAUCCAGUCCCUGUCCCAACCCAGCCACUGUCCCCAUCCAGCCACUGUCCCCAUCCAGCCCCUGUCCCCAUCCAGCCACUGUCCCCAUCCAGCCACUGUCCCCAUCCAGUCCCUGUCCCAACCCAGCCACUGUCCCCAUCCAGCCACUGUCCCCACCAGGUCCCUGUCCCUAUCCAGUCCCUGUCCCCACCCAGUCCCUGUCCCCAUCCAGCCACUGUCCCCAACCCAUCCCCUGUCCCAACCCAGUCCCUGUCCCCAUCCAGCCCCUGUCCCCAUCCAGUCCCUGUCCCCACCCAGUCCCUGUCCCCAUCCAGCCACUGUCCCAACCCAGUCCCUGUCCCCAUCCAGCCCCUGUCCCAACCCAGCCCCUGUCCCCACCCAGCCACUGUCCCAACCCAGCCCCUGCCCCCAUCCAGUCCCUGUCCCCAUCCAGUCCCUGUCCCCACCCAGCCACUGUCCCCACCCAGCCACUGUCCCAACCCAGCCCCUGUCCCCAUCCAGCCACUGUCCCAUCCCAGUCCCUGUCCCCAUCCAGUCCCUUAA